UGUAUUCAGCAGGACGUGUUUCGCUAUUGGGCAUGAGAGGCCAGGCCGCCUGCUCCUCCAUACACAAAUGUAGCACGCUUUGUUUUCUAAGGAGCAGUGUCUGGUUUCCCGUGUGUUCGACUCUACAGAGUUGGAAUCGUGUCAAGACGGGCAAACGUACCACGAGGGAGCCGUGAAGUUAACUCGCAGUCGCUUCUCCCUCACUUUAUACUACUUUCUUAUUUUGUCUUCGGCAAGCCCUGCACUACAUGGAAUAGAAAUUCAGUGAACACAGAGUUCUCCGUGCAGGGGUUGAGUGUUUUCAACGGCAUCAGCAAGGUGUCUGGACAUCGUAACCGCUGGGAAAUACGUAGAGAAAAGCACUUUUGAGGGCACUGGUUUCCGACAGAACCUGAUCAAGUAGAACGUCUUUGCGAAUCAUACCUAGGCAUAUAUUUACAUAUUAACGCGUGCAAGACGUUCUCAAUGUUAAAACUUACAUUUACGUGUCGUUCUGUCCUUUGUCACACAUCUGUAUCUGCACUGGACGCUUAUGGGCAGCAACCUCUGUCUGGAUAGAACGAUCCAAGGGACUAUCGUGGGAUUUGGAUUUUGCGAGUCGGUAUCUGGACAUUACACAAAGAGAGUCAGUGGAUGCUGAGGCCGGAAUUUUACGAAGACUCGACGUUAUCCCGAUUUGAAUGCCGUUGCAAGGAAUUUUUUGCUUUCUGUGCUGCAGGCAGGGGUUCAGUUUGCUUGGACGGGAAUAUGGAGAGAAAGAGGAGGAAGAAUCUUUCGAGAUGCGCAACAAGAGCGAGCUAGCGCGCAACGGGAUGGGCCCACUGGAUGUUACUCUUUCUCAGCCUACCCGCACAGUCAAUGGGAUGAAUAGCCUGUCAGAGGUGCCGGAGGAGAUGAGGAGCCUGAUCACCGAGAAGGGCAAGAUGGGCCUGGAGGAGGACCCGGAGCUGGUGGUCAAAGGUUGGCUGUACCAGAACGUUCACGGGGGCUGGAUCAGACAGAGGAGGUACUGGUUCAUCCUGACCCAGGACUCGCUGGACUACUACAGCAGCCAGGAGAAGGGCGCCCGGCGGCUCGGCACCCUGGUCCUCACCGGUCUCUGCUCCGUCAUCUGGCCCGACAAGCAGACCUACAAGGAGACAGGUUACUGGAGCAUCGUGGUGUACGGACGCAAGCACUGCUACCGGCUGUACACCAAACACUUCAACGAGGCCGUGCACUGGGCCUGCACCAUCCAGAAGGUCAUCGACAGCAAGGCCCCGGUGGAGACGCCCACCCAGCUGCUCAUGCGGGACAUCGAGGAGAACAAGUCCAACCCAGAAGUUGUGGAACAUAUCUACGAGCACAAUCCCAUCCUGAAGUACACCCAGAGCCCCCUCUAUGCUCCUCUGCUGCCAUUCCCUUACGGCAGUCUGGAGCACACCCACCACAACGGCAAGGGGUACACCACGGUGCGGGACGAGGCGGUGAAGGUGUUCAACUCGCUGCAGCAGCUGGAGGCAGCGCGGGACCCCGUGCCCCUGAUCCAGGGUGUGCUGCAGACGUGCCUGGACCUGAGCCCUCUGCGGGAUGAGGUCUACUGCCAACUGGUGAAGCAGAGCAGCGGGUGCCCCGCCCCGGACACGCCCGCUCACCUCCGCUACUGGCAGCUGCUCACCUGCAUGAGCUGCACCUUCCUGCCGGGGCCCGCCGUGCUCAGCUACCUGCGCUUCCACCUCAAGAGGGUUCAGAGCCAGUACCCGGACACGGAGAUGGACCGCUACGCCGCCUUCAUCUCCGAGGCACUGGACAAGACGCGACGCAGGGAGUGCGUGCCGUCCUGGGAGGAGAUCCAGGUGCUGAUGGGCCGGCGGGAGAUGCUGUGUACGGUGCACUACCCCGGGCCGGGCUCCUGCCAGGUGCCCAUCAGCUCCCACACCACCGCCGACGAGGUUGUGGAGAGGAUGUCGGAGCAGCUGGGCCUGCUGGGCAGCCGGAACACCUUUGCGCUGUUUGAGCAGGGCGCGCACCGGGAGCGGCCCAUAGCGGGCGGCACCAUCGUCGCAGACGUCCUCACCAGGUUUGAAAACCUCUCUGCCAAGGAGCCUGACUCAGACUCGCAGUGGAGACUCUGCUUCAAGCUCUACUGCCUCCUGGACGCGGAUGGCAUCUCCACCGACAGCAUCGAGUACCUCUUCCUGUUCGAGCAGUGUCACGAGAUGAUGGUGCGGGGCCAACUCCCGGCCUCAGAGGAGGACCUGCAGGCCUUGGCCGCGCUGAGGCUGCAGUCUCUGAAUGGCGACUUCAGCACGCACUCCCCCUGCCCGCCCCUGGACGAGCUCUUCCCGGGCCACGUGGUGGAGGCCCGGGUCCUGCUCGCCCUCAAGGCGCCCCCGGCCCCCCCCGCCACCGUCCCCGCCGCCCCCCCGCCGCCGCCCCCUCCCGGCUGCCCGCAGCGCUUCCCUGGCAGCCUCCUGACAGGGGCGCUGUGGAGCCACACGGCGGCCGCCGCCCACAAGCAGAAGGUGGAGCGGGACCAGCGGCUGCGCGGCCGGCUGAAGGAGGAGGGCGCGGCGGUGAUGGGCGCCAUCGUGGAGCGCUGGAAGGGCCUGGUGGGUUACAGCCGGCAGGACAGCAUGGCCGCCUACCUCGCCAUCUUCAGGCAGUGGUCGGGGUUCGGCUGCACGCUGUACGAGGUGGACUUCUACAUCAGCUCCACCGGCAGUUUCUCUCAGAAGCUAUGGCUCGGAGUGGCAGCCAAGGCGGUGUCGCUGUAUAAACAGGGUGAGGCAGAGGCUCUGGAGUCCUUCCCCUACGGCCAGAUCUGCUCCUACGGUGUGUCCGACAGCAACACCUUCAAGAUCAGCGCCCAGGACCGGGACCUGCUCUUUGAGACCAGCAAGCAGAUGGAGAUUAUGCAGCUGAUGAAUGCCUACUUCAGCGCCACGCACCAGCAGCAGCAGCAGCAGGGGGGCGCCGCGGAGACGGACAGCGGCCUCCGCCUUCCCCCCGCCCUGCUGGAGCUCCCCUCGCACCCGGUGUAAGGCGACCCGCCCGAAAACCUCCCCGCGCUCGGGAACCGCUGUGACCCGCGGGACAGGCGAGCGAGCAAGCGAGCGCGGCUCGGCCACAAACACACUUCACCGUACCGUCACGGGGGGCGAAAAGGGGGGGCUGUGCCUGGAAAACGAGGUGUUUCGGAGGGAAGGAGGAGCCUCGGGUCCACGGCCCCCAGCUCCCGCUCUACGUCACGUGGCACGUGUUCCCAUAGGGGGGGCUCUGGAGAGCCCACGUGGCUCCACCCCAGACUCCACACAGGCUCACGUUUCCUGGAACCCCCCCCUAACGCACCC